AUGGCAGAGAUUCUUAUGAACGGUGCAACAGAAAUCUUAAGAAAGCUGGUGGGUGUUGUUUCCGAAGACAUUGGUUCGGCUUUGGGUUUCAAAGAUGAUUUGAAGAAGCUUCAAAAUACCUCGGAAAAGAUUCUUGCUGUGAUUGCUGACGCGGAAAAAAGACAAGUGAAGGAAGAAGUUAUAAGAGUCUGGUUGAGAAGGCUCAAAGAUAUUGCUUAUGACGCUGAUGACGUGAUUGAAGAGUUCUCAUAUGAGGAUUUGCGUCGCAGUGAUAGAGAGAAUUACUCAAAGCAUAAGGUAAUCAACUUCACUUCAUCUUCAAACCCUCCACUUGUAUUUCAGCUGAAAAUGAGUAAAAAGAUAAAAAAGAUUCACGAAAAAUUCGAAAAUAUUACCAAAGAUAUGGAUAGGUAUCAGUUGGAAUAUACUAAACCUAUUCCUGAUGGUGAAAAAAUUUUUGAUAUUCAAACCAUCUUAGUACAAAUCAUGGAGUCCAUUAAGGAAACUAAGUUUCAUAAGUUUGCAAUUCAUCGACUAGGAAAAAUUGUACAAGAACAUUUAGAAGGGAAAAAAUAUUUGCUAGUACUAGACGACUUAUGGAAUGAGGAUUCUGAACAAUGGGGGUACCUCAUGUCUGUGUUGCUCGCUGGUGCUCCAGGGAGUAAAGUACUAAUCACUACUCGUAAUAACCGAGUUGCAUCCAUUGUUAGGGGGAGUAUUCCACCUUACAAUUUGGGUCGAUUAGAAGAUGAUGCUUGUUGGUCUAUUGUUAAGCAAAAGGCCUUUUCUCCUGGCGGAGCAUUAGAUGCUCCAAAAAUGUCAGAAAUAGGAAAAGAAAUAGCCAAAAAAUGUUGUGGUUUACCCCUUGCUGCAAAAUUUGUUGGCAGUCUAAUGCGCUCAAAAAAUAAAGAAAGCGAUUGGAUAAAAAUUAGAGAUGAUGAUAUCUGGAAUACUCCAGAUAGCAAAAGAAAAAUCCUACAUGUAUUGAAAUUUAGUUAUAAUUACUUGCCUUCUCAUUUGAAACAAUGUUUCUCUUAUUGCUCAAUAUUUCCCAAGAAUUGGGAGAUCAACAAAGAAACAUUGGUUCAUCUUUGGAUGGCAGAAGGAUUUUUAAAAAAAUGUAAUACAAACAAAAAAUCAGUUGAAGACUUUGGACGUGAUUAUUUCGAAAGUUUGGCGUGGAGCUCCUUCUUCGAGGAUUUCAAGACGAAUAAAUUGGGCAACAUUGUGACGUGCAAGAUGCAUGAUCUUGUGCAUGAUCUUGCCAAAGAUGUUCUUGGGGAAAAUGAAUUGGUACUUCUCAUGGCUAGUGACUUCAAAGAUAUUUCAGAAGCUCGGCGACUAAGGUUAGAAUUGGAUGAAGAUAUAUCAGCAGCAUCUCAGAAUUGCUUGAUUAACGCGAAGAAGUUGAGGACUAUUUUUAUCUCCGAAGGGUCAAAGCUGAAUCCUUCUAUUUUUCCUGAAAAGAAUCACUUGCGUAUCUUGUAUUUGGGUCGCGCAGAAGUUCAUGGUUAUUUUAAGUUGCCUUCUUUGAGUUUCAAGCUCAGACAUCUAAGGUACCUUCGCCUUUCCUCUCUUGAUAUUGAGGAAGUAAAGAAUGAUCAGUCCAUAGGUGAACUUUAUAAUUUGGAAACGUUAAUACUGAAUAACAUGCAUGGUGUUCAAAAUCUUCUUUCAAACAUUCAUUCUUUACAAAAACUAAGAUAUCUUGAAGUCUCAGGUUCAGAUAUGGUCAAACUACCUAAUUCUGUCAUAUCUCUUAGUAAUUUGCAAGCAUUAGAUCUCAAUAAUUGCAAGUUAGUAUCCAUUCCUGAAUCCAUCCCUGGUUUGAAAAAUCUAAGAUUUUUAAAUUUGUCAUUCAACCCUAUUAAGGAAUUACCUGUUUCCAUCAUCACCCUCUCCAAUUUGAAAACAUUAGACGUCAAUACCUGCAAACAUUUAAAAGCCUUACCACAGAAAGUAGCAGAUCUUGUUAGUCUGAGGAUAUUUCAUUUCAAAGAAUGCAAAUUACUAAAAGAAUUACCUGAAGAUUUUGGAGAAUUAUCACAGUUAAGGUCCCUUGACCUAGAGGGUACUGGUAUCAGAGUAUUACCGAAGUCGUGCAGUAAUCUCUAUAAUCUUGAGUUUGUCCAUCUUUCAUUGUGUCAGCCUCCCAAAGAUGUAACCAACUGGAGAAAUUUGAGAAGAUUUUAUUACAGCAGCAUGGAAACACCUUCCCCAUUGGGUGUAGGGAACUUGGUUUUCUUGCAAAGAUUGAGUUACAAAGUGCGGGAGAAAGUUCUCGACCAUGAUGGUAUCGAAGAGCUAAGCAACCUAAGCUCUCUUGAGGUGCUGGAUAUUGGGAAUCUUGAGAAGGUGAAAUACCCAAGAGAUGCUGAGAGCGCAAAUUUGAAAGGAAAACAGAAUCUUCGUCAAUUGCAUUUAACUUGGGGUUCGGGCCGUUGGAGUGAAGUAGAAGAAAACUUGAAAAGAAAACAGGAUCUUGCUGGUGAAUUGUCUCGGUAUUGGAGUGAAAUGAUGCGGUCGAUGAGGUGGGACCAGAAAUCGUCUAAUUUUCAAGUAUUUGAAGCUCUCCAACCUCCCUCUGGUUUAAAAAGUUUGCAUAUUAGUAACUUCAUGGGGAUGGACUUCCCCACAUGGAUGCGUGUUCCAUCUGGCCUUCCAAAUUUGGUAAAGUUGAUACUUGAAGACUGUUUCGGAUUAGAACAAUUUCCAGCGGCUAUUGGGAAGAUUCCAAGUCUCAGGGUUCUUCAUCUUGAAGGGGUGUCUUUGAUGAGUUUAGACAUUGGAGGAUUUCCUUCCUUAGUUCAACUCAAUCUUAAUGAUAUAUUCCUUCUUCAAAAAUUGCAUUAUUCAUCAGCAUCUCCUUCUUUUCUUCAGGAUCUGAAAAUUCGUGGGUGCGGAUGUUUAACAAGAAUCCCUUCUUUCCCAUCUCUGACCUUCUUGGAAUUAGAUGGGGUUAACCCAAAGUUAGUAUUCUCAGUUGAGAGAACGCAGAAAUCUCUCGCAGAACUAUGGUUGAAGAAUAUCGAUGGGCUUGUAUACUUCCCGAUAAGCAUACUCCAAAACAAUCGUAAUCUUCAAUCUCUGUAUAUUGAUACUUGCCAUCAGUUGGAAGGCUUCCAAGUAAAUGAAGGCGAGAUCGAGAACGAGUCCUCUAAACUCCACAUUGGUUCUCUUCAGAAACUGAAUAUCCUUGCUUGCCCAGUUCUUAAGUUUCUGCCAGAUUUACGAAGAUGGACUUCUCUUCAGAAAUUGAGGCUCAUCUGUUGCCCACAAUUGAAGAAAUAUUUAGCCUAUGAUCUCAAAGACCUCACUUUUGUUAAAGAACUUGAUGUUGAUAAUGCAAUGAUGGAAGAUCCAUCUCCUUAUGAGGAGUUGUUUAAUUUGCUGGAAAGGUACGGUAUCUCUUUCCAUGAAUAG